AACUCCGCUCCACAGUUAGAACUUUCCCACUCUGUGAAGCUGAUCCCUAUGGAUAACUUAAUGAGUCAGUUCGCGGAGGGAAACUACAGUGAGCUGAUGAACUUUUCUGAGUACAAUGACUGCGACUACGCUGACUGGGAGCACUCGAACUCAGUGGUUCCUGUUCUCUACAUGCUGGUCUUCGUCUUCGGGCUGUCCGGGAAUGGAGUGGUCAUUUGCAUAGUGUGGAAGUCCCGCACCAAGAGGAGAUCUGCAGACACCUACAUCGGGAACCUUGCCUUGGCCGACCUGGCCUUUGUGGUCACUUUACCCCUGUGGGCUGUCUACGCUGCCCUGGACUAUCACUGGCCUUUCAGCUGGCUCCUCUGCAAACUCAGCAGUUACCUGGUGAUGAUCAACAUGUACGCCAGCGUCUUCUGCCUGACCUGCCUCAGCUUUGACCGCUAUCUGGCCAUUGUCCACUCUCUGUCUAGCAACAAGCUGCGCUCCAAGAGGACCACCAUCCUCUCGCUGGUCCUUAUCUGGUCCCUGUCGGGCGUCCUGGCUUCUCCAGCUUUAAUACUGCGGCGGACGCAGGAAAAAGAGAACCAGACCGUCUGUGCCAUGGACUACUCUCUGGUAGCGAAUGCCAACACUGAGCAUUUGUGGGUGGGGGGUCUCAGCCUGUUCGCCAGCACCGUGGGCUUCCUGCUGCCUUUCCUGCUGAUGUCCGGCUUCUACUUCGCCAUUGGCAACACGGUCACCAGGCACUUCCAGAACGUCAAGAAGGAAGAACAGAAGAAAAAGCGCCUCCUCAAGAUCAUCACGGCCCUGGUCCUGGUCUUCGCCAUUUGCUGGCUCCCUUUCCACAUCAUUAAGACCAUCGAUGCAAUCAUCUGGCUGGAUCUCAUCAAGAUCCCGUGCUCCGUCGAUGAAUUCUUAAUCUCGGCUCAUCCUUACGCUACAUGUGUCGCUUAUAUCAACAGCUGCCUCAACCCGUUCCUCUACGCGUUCUUUGAUCAGCGAUUUCGCUCAGAGUGCCUUUGUGUGCUGCGCUGUUCCCGGCUAAAGAAAGCUCUGCACACCCCGAUCACAUCCAUCUCCUCCAGCAUGAGCAACCCCACCAAAUCCGAAGCACCCUCCUCUGCUACUAAAGUCUAAAAGG